AUGGCCCCGACAAACAUUGUACACCUGCCCAAUGGCCAGAACCUAACCGUCAGCCCCGUCUUUGGCGGUCUCUUCUUCAAGUCGAGUGAUUCCGCACACGCAAACUCACCGUUUCCCACUGGUUGGACCAUUGUCCUGAACUCGGAGGAUGACCUGGACUACGAGCAGCAGGGCGACCAACAGAAGGAAGGAGAAGAGAAGGACAGUUUCCCACCUCGCAAUGUGCAUCGAUUCAGGAGGCCGACUCUCAAGGGCGACCAUCUCUACAUUUCCUCCAUCUCCAAUCCGAACAGUAGUGAGUUCAAGGCGGCUGCCUCGCCCACCCGCCAGAUCGCCAUGAUGCUCUGGGCCACGCUGUAUUGGUACUUUCAUCAGCCUGAACCUACGCUUCAAAUCACAAACUCCAUCUCGCAAAAUACAGCUGAGCCAGGGAAGCCAAAGGGAGAGUGGAGGAUAAACAUCAACAGGGAAGGCAUCUUCAAGGGCAAGGUCGUAUUGCCAAAGUUGGAGCGCAUGGGCUUGGUCGCCUCCGAAGACUCGACGGUGGGGUGUGCACAAGAGGACAGCUGCCCAGAUGGUUGGACGAGAAUGUUUGUGAGUCGGAGGACGUUUUGGCAACUCGACCCCAGAAUCUACCUCUUCACACUGUCACCCCUGUCGAACUCGCCUUUUCCAUCCGGCUCACCAUACCCCUCACGACCAUCAUCGCCAACCGCUACACAUGAGCCUCGUAAAGAACAGCAAAUCGAUCAAGCUUCCCCAGGUCUAUGGUCACCCUCGGCGCCUGGGCCAUUCCAUUCGAGCUCUCACCUACCGACGUAUUACCCACCUCCGCCCGCCCAAUACGUCUUCACAAACCAUGUGCGACACCCGAUACGGCCCAAGCCACCGCGACAAGGCGAAAUCUUCUACACGAGAUAUAUUCCCAGUGUUGGACAAUACCUAUCUUUCCGGGUCGCGUCCUGCUCUUCAAAAGCGCUUCGUCACCGUGGCCCUACCUCGGCAGGCGUGUCGACCCCUAACCGCAACAGUGCCAUAUCCGUGUCCGAUUCCAUCGACGCGACCGUGGACUCUGUAAACGUUGAAAUGUCUGAUUCCCAGUACCUUCACAAGUGGAUGAACGAUGCUCGUGUAUCGCACUUUUGGGGCGAGGCGGGACCCAUUGAACACCAAGAAGAGUUUCUUCGUAACGGCCUUCGGUCCAAGAAUUCUUUUCCCGUCAUAGGGUGUUGGGAUGGCAAGCCGUUUGGCUACUUUGAGAUAUACUGGGUCAAGGAAGAUAAUUUGGGGAAGUACUUGCCCAUGGUCAGCGACUACGAUCGUGGGUUUCAUUGUCUCGUUGGCGAGCAAGAAUUCAGAGGGGCACACAGAGUCAAAAUCUGGCUCAGUGCACUUGUGCAUUACUGCUGGCUGGCAGACAACAGAACCGAAAGGGUGAUGCUUGAGCCUAGAGUCGACAAUGAAAAACUCGCAAACUACCUGCAAGAAGCGGGCUUCUACAAGGAGCGCGAAAUCAGCCUUCCUCAUAAACAAAGUAAUUUGUUCAAAAUCAAUAGGGACGUCUGGAAGGGACCAGCAUUGUAG